GAGUAAAUGCAUUAAAAUUUCUAAGGCGUUUGUGUUACAACUUAGUAAAAAUAUUUUUCACGUGAUAUACGAAUUAUUUUAACGGUACAAUAAUAUAAAAUACAUUCAAAAUGAAUAGUUCAUUGUUAUUAACUCUUUCUAUUGCCAUUGGAUUUAUAUGUAUUGUCACAUCUUUAAAAAGUGAUGAAUGUGAAGUAUGUAUAAAUACCUUGGAAAAAUUUAUUAAUAGUUUAAAUAAUGAUGUGAAAAAAGACACAAAAAAAAUUGAAACAGCAUUUAAAGAGUUUUGUAAAGGUACUAAAUCUAAAGAAAACAGAUUUUGUUAUUAUUUAGGUGGUUUGGAGGAAUCUGCCACAGGUAUUUUAAAUGAAUUAAGUAAACCUAUAUCUUGGUCUAUGCCAGCAAAUAAAAUAUGCGAAAAAUUGAAGAAGAAAGAUGGUCAAAUAUGUGACUUGAGAUAUGAAAAACAAAUUGAUAUUAAUACUGUUGAUUUGAAAAAACUUAAAGUACGUGAUUUGAGAAAGAUCUUGAGUGACUGGGAUGAAACAUGUGAUGGUUGCAUAGAAAAAACAGAUUUUAUUAAACGAAUCGAAGAACUGAAACCAAAAUAUUCUCAUAGUGCAAAAUCAGAACUCUGAAAAGUGUUCAAAAAUGUAGAUAAAUUAUUAUGUUAGUGUGGCUAAGCUUUGGGGGUUUUUUUUUUUACAAAAUGAUUACAACAGUAUUUGUAUAUUUCUUCAUUCUGUGUGAAUAUAUGAGAAUCAUUUUGUAUAAUUAGUUUGAUCGAAUUUUUAGA